AUGUUGCAACCCCCAAAGACAGAACAUCCCAUAAGCACAAUAGAAUGCAUAGGAGUAAUUGCACUUAUAGCACUUCUAAUUAUAUCUAUAAGUGUGCGCUAUUAUGUAUGCAUAGUAAACAAAAAAAACAGAAGAAAUAUACAACUAGACAAUACAGGCAUGUCAGCAGCUAGAAACAAUUAUCAUUUAGUUAAAGAUAAUGAAAUUAAAUUUACACACAUAAACUCGUUAGAUACACAUUAA